AGGAGAUCGCAUCACCAGAGGAAAUCUCCCUUUUCUUACAUGAGGGUUCGCUCGAAGCCAGAGAAACCCACCAAAGAUGACCAGCAUGCAGGCGUGUACACACCAGUGCUGCAGUCAGGGCAUCAAUUUUGUAUAGGAAAUGACUGUUGAGGCAGCGCAGCGAUGGUAGUGAGGCACUUAGGCUGAGCACGCCUCCCUCUCUCUCUCCCCUCUUUAACCACGGGCUGAAGGGAGGAGGGUUCCGCUUCGUUUUUUUCCCCCUGCAAUGGGGGGAAGAGAGCGCUGGCAGCAGAAUCAUGUCUGCCUCCGACUCGAGCGCUACAGGACUCAUCUGUAACAAGGGUUCAGCCGAUUCCUACACUAGUCGACCCUCUGAUUCCGACCUGUCCCUGGAGGAGGACCAGGAGGCGUCUCGGCGUGAAGCCGAGCGCCAGGCUCAGCUGCAGCUGGAGAGAGCCAAGUCUAAACCCGUAGCAUUUGCAGUGAAAACCAACGUAAGUUACUGCGGCGCCCUUGAUGAAGAUUGUCCAGUCCAAGGUGCUGCUAUCAACUUUGAAACCAAAGACUUUCUGCACAUAAAAGAGAAAUACAACAAUGACUGGUGGAUUGGUCGGCUGGUGAAGGAAGGCGCAGACAUCACUUUCAUCCCGAGCCCGGUAAAACUGGAGGCCAUGAGGAUAAAACAAGAGCAGAAAGCAGCAGCAAGGAAAGGAGGGAACGCUUCAUCCGGAGGCUGGAGGUCCACCCCUCCAUCUGCAGCCAAACAGAAGCAGAAACAGACUGAACAUGUGCCUCCAUAUGAUGUGGUUCCUUCCAUGCGACCGGUGGUGCUGGUGGGUCCUUCGCUGAAAGGCUAUGAGGUAACAGACAUGAUGCAGAAAGCCUUGUUUGACUUCCUAAAGCACCGAUUUGAUGGCAGGAUCUCUAUUACACGGGUGACUGCUGAUCUGUCACUGGCGAAGCGCUCGGUGCUGAACAAGAAGGCCAUAAUGGAGAGAUCCAACACUCGCUCCAGUCUGGCUGAGGUCCAGAGUGAGAUCGAGAGGAUCUUUGAACUGGCCAAGUCUCUUCAGCUGGUCGUCCUUGAUGCAGACACCAUCAACCAUCCAGCGCAGCUCCUCAAAACCUCCCUGGCUCCCAUCAUCGUCUACGUCAAAGUCUCCUCACCCAAAGUUCUUCAGAGGCUCAUUAAAUCUCGAGGGAAGUCGCAAAGCAAACACCUCAACGUCCAGAUGAUGGCAGGAGACAAGCUGGCUCAGUGUCCACCUGAGAUGUUUGAUGUCAUCCUGGAUGAGAAUCAGCUGGAAGAUGCGUGCGACCAUCUCGCUGAGUAUCUGGAUAUCUACUGGCGUGCUACUCAUCUCCCCUGUUCUGCCCCAGUCAACCCCUUACUGGACCAAAGUGUGAUCACCCCACCUUCAGCUAACUCCAGCCAACAGUUUUCUGAGACUCAGGAGCUGAUAGAAUGAGCACUGCAGCAGACACAGGAGCAGCCUGUGCUGUCGGCUGGCGUCGGACCAGGAAGUCAUAGAGCACAGGGACCAGGGCGCCACCAGGGGGCAGCAGCAGCCCUCAUCUCUCCAAAGCCAGCCACCACCUUCUCCACCUGGGGGCAACAGAAAUGAGCCUCCGGAGAGAAAGAGCAGGAGGCUGGUGAACUGGAGGAAGAGCAGAAACCAAAAUGGGGAGAAGAGCCGGAGGAAGGAGAUCUGACCGGCGCUGCAGAAGACAGAGGAGCCUCCGCCUCACUGCUGCCCCCUCGGCCAGAGCUCCCUGCUCCCACCGUCACGCGACAACUCAGGGCCGCUUUGUACAGCUGCACACACUCUGGUACCACAGACCAGAACAGCAGUGCAGUCACCGUUCACCACCUGCCCCUCACCCUACCUUCCACCCCGACCUUACAGUCCUUCCCUGCUUUCACACUGGAAGUCACAUCCCCCACCUGAGCCAGCCCAUGAUUGUUCCAAGUAGCCGUCCAACACACACAUGGGCUGGCUCAGCUCUCACUGUAGAGAAAUUACACACCUGUGAAGUCAGAGUACGUCAGCAUACAGUGCUGUAGCAAAUCAGAGCCUUCAGUAUAGCAUGAAACAAAAACAGGAACAUCUUCCCAAUGCAGGGUUUCUGUCUGAUACACCUCACUUCCCUCUCCAGCCAAAGAGGACGGAGAGCAACAGAAAAUCAAUUCUCUGUCUUCCAUCUCCACAGCUCCCCAUAGCUGUCAUUCCAAAUGUUUAGCCAAAUGUUUUCUCAAAGGCACAACAAUCGGAGUCGUCACGGUGUCACCAAGGAACAUAAAAACGUUCUUCUUCCUUUAUCGUUUGCUUUCGCUCCCCGUUUAUCCAGUAGCCUUUUUAAACGUACAUUUUUACAGUAACUAUCUGUACUAUUCGUUAUAAUUCAUAUCUUGGUUCUCAGUAUAGUUGAUCACAUAUCAACAGUAAUGCAAAACCCCAUGUAUAAGAAGCACACUCAGUUUAUAUGCAUCUUCAUCACAGCUGUGAAUGUAUAAAUGCUGGUCCAUUGGCUUAGCAAGGAUUAUUUACAAUAACUGGUUUGUUUGCAGAUUCCUGGAGGCAAAUCUUGUAACCUAUUCAAUAUCAGUUACAGUUCUAGGAGACAAGAGGCCUCUUCCAACAAAUAAUACACAGAUUCCAGACAAAUAAAGCUUUAAAGUAAUAUAAUUUAUCACGAAUCAGUUAUUGCACUGUAAUAUAAUUUUCUUAUCCCCAAGAAAUGAAUGAAAUUCUUCUUUCUGACAAACUUUAAUCUACCCAAAAACAUAAUUUCUAAAUACUCCAUCCUGAUUUCUGAUUUUAACCAGGUUUUGUACAUUAUUUUUUGAAAACAAUAGUUGCAUUUAACUGUCUUCGUAUAUUUUCCAGCGUUUGGAGAGCAAAACAAGAAAUUAGCGAGAGAUUUAACAAACAAAAGAUGACUUUAUAAGAAAACUCAUCAUUAAAUAGAUUUACUUCACAAUAUCUGUCGAGUAAUAAUUGAACUAAAAUAAAAACAUCACCCAAAGCUACUCAGUGAGUAACAUGUUUGAUUUUUAGCAUCUCAUUUACAUUUCACUCCUCCCUAAACUUGCUGGUGUGACUGUAGACUCCCAGUGGAGCAUCAGAAUUAAGAUGCUCAAUGAAAGAAAAGAGGCUGUGAAUGCAUCCUUGAGAUAAUCUGAUCUCCGCUGAAGGUCUCUGAGCACAUCAACAGGUUGUAAAGGGUUGCUUCCUAAUCAAAGUAGUGGAUUAUGUCAUUAUUUUUGUUACAAAAACAGCUAAAAUCAGCAUGAAGCUUAUGAGCGCAGCCCCUGGUGAUGUAUUUAUGUUAAUAGAGGUCUUAUAUUCGCUGCUUAGUCUCUUGCCAAACUGCAGGAUAUACCAUAUAUAUGCAUACAUAUCCACAUAAAUUAGGAAUAUGUACAAUUUUCAAAGUUUCCAUGGCCAUCAAUUGUCUCUAUUUUACAUCUUACAGUACCCAUAAAAAUAAAUGCAUCUCAAAAAGCACUAAAAUUCUCACAGUAACGCUGCUGCUCGCAUCAUAUUAAACUUCAGAAUCCAGCUACCGUACCACACAUGUAAAUAACCAAAUGUACGUGCAUGACAUGUUGUAUUCCUGUUCCAUCAGAAGGGCUUCUUAGGACCAUCUUCACACAAACUAAGUCAGUAUGACCCACAUAACCAGUUACAUUAUGCAUUAUCAAGGCUUAACUGUAAAUACUGUAUAUUCAAUAUGCAGAUAUUAUUGUUAUUAUAAUUAUUAUCAUCAAAAUUGCACAAACGCUGACAGAACGUAGAAAGGUUUUAGUCACAGCACACGAUUCUAUAUUAAGCGCCUCAGAAAGCAUGUGUUUAAAUGUAACGUCCGCUCUGUUUUGAAUGAUGCACUGCUUACUUAGGACCACCGUGAAGACUGCUUCCACCGACACCCACAUUCAUUUCUGAAGGACCUAGUUUGAGAUACAUAACUUCUACUUGAUGAAACACAGAGCACAGUACCCUCUUUAGAUAAAACUUUAUAUAUAU